AUGACUGAUCACGGCACAUUGUGGCCACAGUUGGAACUGGACGGUGGCGGUGUGACGCAUGGAAAUCAUGCACCCCUUACUCUGGAUAUUAAUGAUAUUAAUGCUACCAAGUUUGGUACUCGUACGGAUCUGUUUGAGAAGCGGCAGUCAGAGUUCGUGUGGCUGUUGCUGCUGAAUGACAGGAAGCCAGAUUUGGUGUUGCACGAUCUGCACAUUGAGUUCAACUCGAAUUUCUACAUCGCGGUGCCAUCAAUUCGGGGCCGACUCAACUUACUGGAAGCUUACAGGGUAGGCAAGGGAUAUCCGCUCAUUAUGAAGAAGUACUGCACAUGGCGUGCCAGUAAACAGUUUAUCUGCGGAAACGAACCCAUCAUCAUACGCCGAAAAGACCUGAUGGGAUACAACAUGACGGUGGGGAUAAUUACGGACUGGCCAGAAGUGACUUUCUUCAACAAGACACACUGUGGAGGACUUAUUUGUGAAGUCUGGUACAGUUUCGAAGGCAACGAGCUCUUCGGCAACCGGCUUGUGAACGGCACUUGGGAAGGCCUCGUGGGGCAACUGGUAAAAGGCCAUCUAGACGUCGGGUUGGCGCUCUUAAUGGUAACGCCGGAGCGCCAGAGUGCUGUAGACUUCUCGCUGCCACUCACCUUCUCGAGGCUGAUCCUAUUCCUUGAGGAGCCGAAGGAGGAGGAGUUAACAUGGGAUAACUUUUUACGGCCCUUUGACAGACGUCUCUGGCUGUGCACCAUCACCGUCAUAGCCAUCAUCUGGGCUGUCCUCAGAAUUCAAAGAAGAUACAACAGAGGUUUGGGAUGUCAUGGCGGCUACAACCAGACGUACAGUGAUAUCUUACACGUCGCAGGAAUAUUUCUCAUGAGAGGUUGUGGCGGGGGUAGUGACACGAAGUGGCGUGACAGCGUGCGGACUUCUCUGUUGGUGGCGUCGAUGUCUGCGAUGGUGGUUUACACUGCCUAUUGCGGCACCCUCACCGCCUCCCUGGCCACCCACCGGCUGAAGAUGCCCUUCACAGACCUGCAGGGCCUACUGAGGGAUGGAUCCUACAAACUGCUGCUGACAUACGCCUCUGGAGAGAUGGCCCUUUUCGCUAAUGCUAGUGACGCAGUUCUCUCGUCGGUAUACGAGAAGCACGUCGAGAAAGAAAAGAUUCCAGUACGCAACAAGGAAUUGUUUGAUAGACUAUGCAGCUCGCAUAAAAAUGCAGCAAUGAUAACAGAAGUUAUCUACAGAGGAUACAAGAGGCUUGCAAAAUGUCCUACAGUAAGCACUCAGGAGCACAUAAAUAUUCAGACGGCUAUCGCCCUCAGGAAAAGAAGCCCUUAUCGGGAACUGAUUAAUUACCACCUGCUGCAGAUGCGGAGUGAAGGGCUGAUUCAUCGCAUCUACUGGAAAUACUGGCUACUGAGCGAUGGUCAGGAGAUGCGGGAGUCUCUCAGGCCGGUGACCAUCCAGAGAGUGGUUCCUGCUCUCGCCGUCUUGGUAGCCAUGGCGCUGCUGUCACUGUGCUUGCUGUUGCUCGAGAGGAAAUUCUGCAAAAGGCCCGUUCUGAGCGACGCCGCCACGAGCACUGACUAG